UAUUUAUUGCAUCAAAUUUUUUUUUAAUUCUACUUUCUUGAUAUACCUGUAUGUACAACUGGAGAUGGAGACACAUAUCGUCUCUUCAAAGCCAAGUAGUCUUUUUCCCCUAUCGAAUACAACUGUGGAGAUCAAAAUUUUCCCAUUUCUUGGAAGUUAUGUUUGUGGCCUUGUGGGCCUCUUCCCACACAAUUUUAUCCUCACAAUUGGAUGCCCUCUAAGCUAUCCUAAUCUCUUGAAAAAUAUACUUAGGUUUACUAGUUGAAAAGUAAAGCUACAUUCUUUCUGAUAAUUCUCCCCCUUUUAUGUUUGUCUUGUUGCAAUUUCUUUAACCAAAACAUCAAGUGCUGAGGGCAUAUUGGUCAUAUAGAUCAUCUGCUUUUAUUGGAUGGCUGUUGUGCUUGGUGAUAGCUUGACUAGCAAUCAUGGUUGAUGGUGCUGGAGAAAGCUCUGUGGUUGACAGUUUAUCGACUGAAGAAUGGCUCUCGUGUGCUCAAGGGCUCGUCCCGAGGGCAUUGGGGAAGGCGAGGGAGGUGAAGGGGUUCCCGGGGAGGUGGAAGGUGAUCAUUUUGAAACUGGAGCAAGUGCCAUCACGCCUUUCUGAUCUAUCCAGCCAUCCUUGCUUUUCGAGGAAUGCUCUGUGCAAGGAGCAGCUGCAGGCCGUGUCGAAGACGCUGAAAGAUGUGAUUCAGUUGGCAGAUUUGUGUGUGAGGGAGAAAUAUGAAGGAAAGCUUCGGAUGCAGAGUGAUCUUGAUGCAGUUGCUGGGAGACUGGACUUGAAUCUGCGCGAUUGUGGGCUGUUGAUUAAGACCGGUGUGCUAGGGGAGGUGUCGUUCCAGUCUGCUGCAACAAGUAGUUUUGCUGAGCCGGAGGCUGCAGUUCAUGGCAACUUGAAGGAGCUGCUCGCCCGCCUCCAGAUUGGCCAUUUGGAGGCGAAGCACAAGGCGCUCGACAGCCUCGUGGAGGUGAUGAAGGACGACGAGAAGAGUGUGUUGGCCGUGAUUGGAAGGAGCAAUAUUGGAGCAUUGAUCCAUUUGCUGACCGCCACUUCGCCUCGGAUCAGGGAGAAGACGGUCACUGUCAUCUGCUCGCUUGCAGAGUCGGACACCUGUGAGAGCUGGCUUGUCUCAGAAGGCGUCCUCCCGCCUCUGAUAAGGCUGAUGGAGUCCGGGAGCAGUGUGGGGAAGGAGAAGGCCACCAUUGCCCUGCAGAGGCUGUCAAUGUCGUCUGAGACGGCUCGCUCAAUCGUUGGCCAUGGCGGGGUGAGGCCGUUGAUUGACAUAUGUCGUAGUGGCGACUGCGUUUCGCAGUCUGCUGCAGCCUGCACGCUCAAGAACGUAUCCUCUGUGCCGGAGACAAGGCAAGCGCUCGCGGAGGAAGGGAUUGUGAAGGUGAUGAUCAAUCUUCUUGACUGUGGGAUCCUUUUGGGAUCAAAGGAGUAUGCAGCUGAAUGUCUGCAGAAUCUCACUUCGAGCAACGAUGAUUUGAAAAGAUCGGUUAUCUCAGAAGGCGGGAUACAAAGCCUGCUCGCCUAUCUGGACGGUCCGUUGCCUCAAGAAUUAGCAGUUGGUGCACUGAGAAACUUGGUUGGUUUAGUGCCGAUGGAGGUGUUGAUCUCGCUAGGGCUUCUCCCCCGGCUGCUCCAUGUGCUCGAGUCGGGAUCCGUUGGGGCUCAGCAGGCGGCGGCGGCAGCAAUCUGUCGAAUCUGCACUUCAGCAGCGAUGAAAAGCUCGGUGGGUGAGGCCGGGUGCAUCCCGUUGCUCGUGAAAAUGAUGGAGGCCAAGGCCAACAACGCGAGGGAGGUUGCAGCGCAGGCAGUUUCUAGCUUGAUGACUGUUUCCGACAACUGUCGUCUAGUCAAGAGAGACGACAAGAGCGUGCCGAACUUGGUGGCGUUGCUCGAUCCCAGCCCUCACAACACAGCCAAGAAAUACGCGGUCUCGUGCCUUACCCUACUCUCGUCGAGUAAGAAGUGCAAGAAGCUGAUGGCCUCGUAUGGGGCGAUCGGGUACCUCAAGAAGCUGUCGGAGAUGGACGUGCCGGGCGCGAAGAAGCUUCUAGAACGUCUAGAGCGAGGUAAACUCAGAACUCUGUUCAGCAGGAAGUAGGAUAAAUAGCCAUCCUAAUGUUUCUUGUUAUUGUAAAAUGGAAGUGUAUUUUUGAAAAACUUGUGAUGAAAAAUGUUAUGUUUCAUUCUCUAAAUGAAACAAAUUUACCCAUUCGA